AUGACAGCCUCACCCUCCAGCAGUGACUACAGUGGGUCAGAGGAUUCCGUUUCCGAAUGCAAAUCCGACCAGAGCCUCUCGAUUGGCCACUACCCUCCCGAGAACACAUUUCCCUACGAGGAGACGGUCUCCUGUGAGGAGAUGAUUUCAUGUGAGGAGACAGCCUCCAUGGAUUCCACCAUCCACCUCCUUCCUCCUCUCCAAGGUACCUGGGGAACAGAGAGUAUAAGGAGACUCUUCCGGAAACGAGGUCAGACAGAAGGUGACCCAGAGCAGUUCUGCAAGCUGAGCAUCACACUGGCCUGGGAUAUUGAUGCAAGCUCUGACCAUACAAACUCUCUAGCUAAUAUGGAUCUAAACGGCCAAGGCCAGUGGAUGGAUAAGUGGCCAGAAGAUAGGACAAAGCUGACUCUCUGUAAACUGGAUAACCUAGUACAGAAACUCGAGACAUUUCUAGAAAAGGACAAGGGUAGCCAAUGUGAUAGCCAUGUACUCCUUGAAUCUACUCAGAAGGAAGAUGUCCACCUGAACAGUACUCCCUCUCCACAGACAGUUUGGGUCAGGCAUGAAAAACAUGACGUUUGUCAAGACUUGCCCAAGCACAAAACGCCAAAAAAUGAAGAUAUCUGUCAGCCCCUACAGAAUCCAAGGCUACAGAAACAUGAAGUUGUGGAGAUAAGCCAGGAAGCUGGGAACUCCUUGGAGACCUCCUCAGUGUCAUCCGCUCGGCGUGAGGAUGCUUCUCACUCGUACGGUACAUCCUGUCUGGACUUUCAGUGGGUCUUCCACUGGCUGAGGACACAAGUCUCCCGACUGAGGAGAGGACACUCUAGCCGGGACACCACCAGCUGGCACCAGAAGGCAGCAAGGAAGAUACACUCCCUUAGAGGCCACAGAAUCCAACCCCAAGAAUGA